UCUCUCCUUUUUUUUCUCAGUUUUUUCAUUAAAUCGCAUUCUGAUUAGUCUCAGUUUAUUGAGUUAUAUGUUGGGUCUUCUUCGUUGAUCAUAUCCACGUUUGGAUCUUUUAGUUAAGUUAAUAUUUGUUGGUUGAUUUUUUUUUGUCGUGGAACUAGAAUUAAUAAUGUCACUUUUUCUUGUUCUUUAAUCCGUUUGUUUUAUGCAAUACUUUUUCGGUCUUAAUUAGGGUUUGUGACUAAAUUUGUUUUUAUAAUUUUUAAGGACCUGUGGUUUGUGGUCUGAUAGGGUCUGCACUCUGUUUGUUUCCUGCAAAAUGUCCCGUAUACAUUCUCGGUUUUUAAUUUAGGGUUUGUGAUUCAAUUAUUUUCAGUCGUUUAUGGGGGCUGGAUUUUGUGGUUUGAACUAGAGUUUGUGGUCUGAUAGAUUCUGUAAUAGGUUUGUUGUUAGCCAAACUUCCCAUAUACAUCCUCGGUUUAUAAUUAGGGGUUUGUUAUUUGAACUCUUUUGUCAUUUCUGAGGCUAGAGUAUGUGGUUGAACUAUGCCUACAUAUCUAUGUUAUUGAUGGUUUAUUUUCUGAUUGAACAGAUGCAGAUCUUUGUGAAAACUUUGACUGGCAAGACCAUAACCCUUGAAGUAGAAUCGUCUGACACCAUUGAUAAUGUCAAGGCUAAGAUCCAGGACAAAGAGGGUAUCCCUCCGGAUCAGCAAAGGCUGAUUUUUGCUGGUAAACAGCUUGAGGAUGGGAGAACCCUGGCCGAUUACAAUAUUCAGAAGGAGUCCACCCUCCACUUGGUGCUUCGGUUGAGGGGUGGUAUGCAGAUUUUUGUAAAGACUUUGACUGGAAAAACCAUAACCUUGGAGGUGGAGAGUUCAGAUACCAUUGAUAAUGUCAAGGCGAAGAUCCAAGACAAAGAGGGCAUCCCUCCGGAUCAACAGAGGCUUAUUUUUGCUGGUAAACAACUUGAGGAUGGAAGGACCCUUGCUGAUUACAAUAUUCAGAAGGAGUCAACCCUUCACUUGGUGCUUCGUUUGAGAGGUGGUAUGCAAAUUUUUGUCAAGACUUUGACAGGAAAGACCAUAACCUUGGAAGUGGAGAGUUCAGAUACAAUUGACAAUGUGAAAACAAAGAUUCAGGAUAAGGAGGGUAUACCCCCAGAUCAACAGAGGCUUAUCUUUGCCGGGAAACAGCUUGAAGACGGAAGGACCCUUGCGGAUUAUAACAUACAGAAAGAAUCCACUUUGCACUUGGUUUUGAGGCUUCGUGGUGGCAUGCAGAUUUUUGUGAAGACUUUAACCGGGAAAACCAUAACUCUGGAGGUUGAAAGCUCUGACACUAUUGACAAUGUAAAGGCAAAGAUUCAGGACAAGGAAGGCAUUCCACCGGACCAGCAGAGACUUAUCUUUGCUGGGAAGCAGCUGGAAGAUGGGCGUACCCUUGCAGAUUAUAACAUCCAGAAGGAAUCCACUCUACACUUGGUGUUGAGGCUUCGUGGUGGAAUGCAGAUAUUUGUGAAGACUCUGACAGGGAAAACAAUUACCUUGGAGGUGGAAAGCUCUGAUACAAUUGAUAAUGUGAAGACAAAGAUUCAGGACAAGGAGGGCAUACCACCAGAUCAACAGAGGCUUAUUUUUGCCGGGAAGCAAUUGGAAGAUGGUCGUACCUUGGCAGACUACAACAUUCAAAAAGAAUCCACCCUUCAUCUUGUCCUUCGCCUUCGUGGCGGCAUGCAAAUCUUUGUCAAGACUUUGACUGGGAAAACCAUAACCUUAGAGGUGGAGAGUUCAGAUACCAUUGAUAAUGUGAAAGCCAAGAUUCAGGAUAAGGAGGGUAUCCCUCCAGACCAGCAGAGGCUUAUCUUUGCCGGGAAACAGCUUGAAGAUGGAAGAACCCUUGCGGAUUACAACAUCCAGAAAGAAUCUACCCUGCACUUGGUUUUGAGGCUUCGUGGUGGAAUGCAAAUUUUUGUAAAGACGUUGACAGGAAAGACCAUUACUUUGGAAGUUGAAAGCUCUGAUACCAUUGAUAAUGUCAAGNCAAAGAUCCAGGACAAAGAGGGNAUUCCACCAGACCAGCAAAGGCUUAUCUUUGCUGGGAAGCAGCUGGAAGAUGGGCGAACCCUUGCUGAUUAUAACAUCCAGAAGGAAUCUACUCUGCACUUGGUGUUGAGGCUUCGUGGUGGAAUGCAGAUAUUUGUGAAGACUCUGACAGGGAAGACCAUUACCUUGGAAGUGGAAUCCUCCGAUACCAUUGAUAAUGUCAAGGCUAAGAUCCAGGACAAAGAAGGAAUCCCUCCGGAUCAGCAGAGGCUGAUUUUCGCUGGUAAACAACUUGAGGACGGUAGAACCCUUGCUGAUUACAACAUUCAGAAGGAGUCCACGCUCCACUUGGUUCUUCGUUUGAGGGGUGGCAUGCAAAUCUUUGUCAAGACUUUGACCGGGAAAACUAUUACCUUGGAGGUGGAGAGUUCAGAUACCAUUGAUAAUGUCAAAGCCAAGAUUCAGGAUAAGGAGGGUAUUCCCCCAGAUCAGCAGAGGCUUAUCUUUGCUGGGAAACAACUUGAAGAUGGAAGAACCCUUGCGGAUUAUAAUAUCCAGAAAGAGUCCACUUUGCACUUGGUUUUGAGGCUUCGUGGUGGCAUGCAAAUUUUUGUCAAGACUCUGACGGGAAAAACCAUUACCUUGGAGGUUGAAAGUUCUGAUACUAUUGAUAAUGUAAAGGCUAAGAUACAGGACAAAGAGGGGAUUCCACCAGACCAGCAAAGGCUUAUCUUUGCUGGGAAGCAGCUAGAAGAUGGGCGUACCCUUGCUGAUUAUAACAUCCAGAAGGAAUCCACUCUUCAUUUGGUGUUGAGGCUUCGUGGUGGAAUGCAGAUUUUUGUGAAGACUUUAACUGGGAAAACCAUAACAUUGGAGGUUGAAAGCUCUGACACUAUAGACAAUGUAAAGGCAAAGAUUCAGGACAAGGAAGGCAUCCCGCCUGACCAGCAGAGACUUAUCUUUGCUGGGAAGCAGCUGGAAGAUGGGCGUACCCUUGCAGAUUAUAACAUUCAGAAGGAAUCCACUCUGCACUUGGUGUUGAGGCUUCGUGGUGGAAUGCAGAUUUUUGUGAAGACUCUGACAGGAAAAACCAUUACCUUAGAGGUGGAGAGCUCUGAUACAAUCGAUAAUGUGAAGGCAAAGAUUCAGGACAAGGAGGGAAUCCCACCAGAUCAGCAGAGGCUUAUUUUUGCUGGGAAGCAAUUGGAGGAUGGUCGUACCUUGGCAGACUACAAUAUUCAGAAGGAAUCUACCCUGCAUCUUGUUCUUCGCCUUCGCGGUGGUUUCUAAGCCUCGUGUCUAUUAUGUCCAGUGUCAAUUGAAAUCGUGUGUUGCAGUUCCUGGUUGGGUGUUUUUCUUAUGUUCUAAGACUAGUAUAUGUGUGUAUCAUCGCUAUUGUUUGUUAACUACUAAGAAAUAGCUUUUUAUA